GUCGUUGGGUUAGUUCGCCGCGCACCCUGACACCGUCGACAUCGCCUGACAUCGAUUUCACAAGCCCAUGUCGAAAAGCAUGUUCCCAAAGCUGGCCGAGGAUUAUGCGAAAUUCAAGCGCUAUGUGAAAUGGCUGUACCAUCUUUACGAGCUGAACACACAGAUCGCCAUCUGUGAGCCGUGGGAGAAGGUGUUCCUCAAUGUCCUUCUUGGCAGCUUCGUCUCCCUGAUCCUCUACGCAUCCUUUGCCUUUGUGCCGGGCUAUUGUGUGACGGUCUUCCAGCUUUUGUGGCCCCAAACGAACACACACAAUCUCACCAGCGUUUGCAACACGAGCAUUGAGGGCUUAUGCGGCAACGAAAGCGGAUCAGUAAUAACAUAAUCUUAGUGUAGCUUAUCUUAAUCAAUAAAUAAUUUA